AACCAAUUUUCUUAAUAAAAAUCCAAUUCCCACAUCUCCUUAUAAAUAUGCACCACCUCCUUCAACCACUUCUUUUUCUAAAUGCUGUGAGGAGAAACAAAGAAGAGUUUAUUUUCAUCUACAUGGAUUACAUCCCCAAGCUACAAAGGCAGAUAUCUUGUCCUUCUUAUUAUCAUUGUAGCAACUAUGGCAUGAUCGGACGGCUGAGUAGGAAUGGCGAGUAUGAGGAUGAAUACGAUCCGUCAGAUCGCGGUCCGACCCGAUCUGUUACCGCGAGGUUGCGGGAGCUGUGGAGGAAGAUUGUGAAGGAAAAGAGGAAGAUAUUGAAGUCGGCGAGCGGUUCAGCAUGUGAAGCAUAUGAUCCUGACUCGUAUGCGCAGAAUUUUGAUGAAGGGUCAGCUUCAGCCGAACCAGAGAACUUGUCACGAUCCUUCUCAGCAAGAUUCGCUGUCACGUCAACGACUCGGGAUCUUUCGCGAAAUUGUAGAGAGACCGGAAGAAGAAGCCACGCACAAAGGGAGAGGUUUUGAAGCCUUUCAGAUCCUGUACUUCUCCUCCACUUUCAAUACUUGUUGAGUGAGUAUCUGUUACUGUUAGAGCGCGAUGGUGCAUUAGCAAUGGCGGUGGCUCAGAACAUACACACGUCAGCCGCUCAAUGUGUACCGCGUAUAAUUAUGGCUACAUUGGCAGCAUUGGAGGGAACCUUCUGAGGGCUCCCAUUGUAAGAUUCUCACGAGCUUAUCAAGUUACAUAGCAUUGUUCAAAUUUUUUAUUUAUUUACACAUUAAAGGCAAACUGACAAAAAUAUGCAAAAAUGAGUCUUCUCGCCUGAAUUUGAUAAAACUUUCUAAUCGUUUAUUCUUAGGUAAUGCAGCUUUAGUUUGCCAGUGUAAUUGGGAAAAAAAACUCUUAUAAAUUUGAUGGAUGAAGUGAGAGCUUUUUUUUAUUUUAUUUUUUUCCUUUCUUUUCGUCAUUUUUUUAAUCUUUUAUCUAGGGGAAAGGACACAGGCAGAUCAUUCCGGUAGUUAUGGCAUAAAAUAUCGAGCCUUAUAAAUCCUGCGACACCAUGCGCAUUCAAAGAGUUAAAUUCCCCACUUGCAGUUAAAAAGAAAAAGGAGAUAAUAUAAAGUAAGGAACAAAUCUUACACGAAGGAAAAUUCCUUCUGACCAUGCUUAUCUUUUUUUAUUGUCAAUUUGCAAAUUGUUCCUAACAAGAAGAUGAGGGUCAUUCCUUUAUACCUUCUAUUCCAUAUAUCUCAGACAAGAUUGGCAGGGCAUCUUAACACAUUCUUCAUGCUUGUAUAUAUCAAGCUACAUUAAAAAGGUAUCCCGGACCACCAAGCUCAUGUGCGAAGUUCCCACUAAAGGCCACGUCACAAACUGAAUGCUUAAGCAACAAGCCGUAUAUGAUAAUAGCAUGAAGAUUAAUAGAGAAGGAUGGAUAAUGGAUAACUGGAGUAUUAGAGACACAAAAUGAUCGUACCUAUGAGUAACAAGCAGUUUUAAGUUGGCAAUGAUCACACUUGAUGUGCCUUACCAACUCACUUAAAGAACAGUUACAGUUCAAUCAU